UCAGAAACAUCAGUCUGGAAUACAAGAUUAUUCUUCUCUUCUUAACUUAAAUCGUGUUAAACUUAUUUUGAGCCAUACCAGAUGAUUUGUUCUGCUCUCCUCUUGCACCCCGCGGAUGAUAAUCUCGCUUUUUUUUCCCCUGUGGGGGAAUACUCUUGAUUCCUGCUCGGAUAACCGCUACCUGAUUUAGUCUGGCUUUCCUGGCACAUAUGAGGAGUCUAUCCAGGAUGUUACUGUCUAAGCGGCCCAGGCAUCAUUGGGCCACUGCUCCCUACCAUCACUACAUAUCCCAUGCGUCUGCACCGAGCUGGGGCUCCUGCUCUGUCUAGGAAUUAUAUAUAUAUAUAUAUAUAUAUAUACCAUUAACAUCCACAGCCACUGCCCCUGUCUGGGGGGAGCAGCGGACUCAUAGCUGACAAGUGAUUUGGUGGACAUUGACAUUGGCUCUUCGAGUCUAAUCCCCGGGCUACUAUGCAAUUACAACUGUUCUCCUUUGCUUUAGUCAUCUUGCACUGCAUGGAAUACACUGGUUGUCAGCAGCACAGCAGCUCCAGGCACCGGCAACACAAACAGAUCUCCGGUGUGAGCUCGGGGUGUCAGCAGGGUGGCUGUCUGACCUGCUCUGACUACAAUGGCUGCCUGUCCUGCAAGCCGCGCUUCUUCAUGCAUUUGGAGAGGAUUGGGAUGAAGCAGAUCGGGGUGUGUAUGACGUCCUGUCCCCCGGGCUUCUAUGGCACGCGCUCUCCAGACAGGAACACUUGCACAAUGCACUGUGAGGUGGGGGAGUGGAGGGAGUGGAGCCCCUGCUCCCGGUCCGGUAGAAUCUGCGGAUUCAAGCGGGGCCAGGAGACCAGGACUCGGCAGGUCCUCCAAUACCCGUCACCCUUCGGAAAACCCUGCCCCGAGAUCUCCGAGAUCAGAGAGUGCCUGGUCAAGAGGCGGAGAUGUCCAGUAGGAAGGAGGAAGGGGGAGAGAAGAGGAGAGCGGAGGAACCGCAACAACCGGAGAGACAAGGAGAGUCCUGAUGGGCGGCGGGAGAGGAAGCGGGAGAGAGAGAGAGAAAGAGACACGAGUGAACGAGAGGACUCUGAUAACAGAAAUAAGACUGAGCACAGGCAUCGCAGGGGCCAGGACAGAGACCCAGUCUCACCUGAAGAUGGACCCGCACAGUAGUACGCCGGACCCUCCCCCUUUAAAUCCCCUGACUCCUUCACCUCUCCCUCUUGCCCUUCCAUCCCCCUUUUUGCCCCCCUCACCCCCUCGCUGCAGGGGUGCUGCUGCUACCUGUUAUGAGUUGAAUAAUUCGUUUAUGCACAAGCGGGAUGGGGAACAUGCAGCCACACGGCUCAGGCCGAUGUGGACUUUAAAACCAAAUCUUCUCUUCUAGCCUCUUCUCCUUCACUUCCACCACUCAGAAAGUGUCUCUCCCCACUUCUCUGCAAGUUUGAACAAUACAACAGAGACACAGGACUGCUGUUACAAUUUGACAGAGCAAAAACAAACAAAAAGUGGAAAACAUCUGACUGUUUGGAGGACUGGCAGGCAGACGGAUGGGAUGUGUACUGAAGGGACACUGUGGUUAUAUUAUGUGCUUGUUGAUAUGGUUAUUUAAUGGGGCCCAGAUGCAACAUUGAGCAUCUUUGUUUUUGUUUUUUUUAAUGUAGAUUUUGUGAUAUUAUGUAGAAACAUUGUUCAAUAUUGUUCUGUUCUUUAGAUGUCUUUACAAUGUUGCUUCUUUGAUGCAGAAUUGUAAAAUAGUGACUUAGCUUUUUGCCUCGUGGCACCAUCAUUAUAUCACUACCACUGACCGAGCUGAGCAGAUUGAGGAGUGGUUGCAUGCUAUCAAGUAAUGACCAUGUCUUCAGGUCAAAGAGCUUAAAAUCAGUCACGUGUCUCUGUGUCUUGGCCGGAAGCUAGUUUUGCCUGGUUGAGUGAUAAGAGUUAUUCUACCACUGGUAAUGCCUAUUGGUGUUAAAAGAACCUGUGCUUUUAAUAAAACCAACUGAUCAGAAACCAAAAGCACCUGUAUGUCAAAUAAAAC